CUCCACAGACAUGUCGCACAAUAGCUGAAGUAAACCUGUCAUCGUGGCUCAUCAUCUGAGCCUCCAGAAAUACGCGGCCGGUGGGAUUUGAAUUGCACAGCCUCUCCUCUGUCCUUUUUUCCUCGCAUCGGACCCUACGUUUGAAAACGCCUGGAUAUGAAUUACGAGCAUUUUCCUCACUAAUGAACUGGGCCAGUAAUGCAGGAGACCACGGCGACUCUCUCAUCAGUGUUUCAAGAUGGCAGAUUUUUAUUGAGUUUUGAACAGAAAUCUCGCUUUAUUUUUUGCCAUGUAUAACAGAAAUCCUUGCACCGAUGGCCCCUGUAUACGAAGGUAUGGCCUCGCAAGUGCAAGUGUUCUCCCCUCACACUCUCCAGUCAAGUGCCUUCUUUAGCGUGAAGAAACUGAAGGUGGAGCAGAGUUGCAACUGGGAUAUGACAGGGUACGGCACACACAGCAAAGUCUACAGCCACAACAGCAGCAAGAACGUGUCGGCCGCCAGUGGCCCCCUAGGCAUCAACAGCUCCCUGCAGGUCGCAAGCUCCACCCUGCCCUACGAGCAGGCGCUCAUCUUCCCAGCCAGCGCGGGCCACAUUGUGGUCACCUCAGCCAGCAGCACUUCGGGGGCCGUGGGGUCUCUGCUGGGCAGCGGGGGUGGAGGCAGCAGCAGCAACAGCAGUGGUGGUGGAGGCGGCGGUGGCAGUGGUGUGGGUGGCGGGGUCGGUGUCCACAACCUGACACGCCGCAGCACGGUCAGUCUCCUAGAUACCUACCAGCGAUGCGGGCUUAAACGCAAGAGCGAGGAGCUUGAUAACAACAGCAGUGUGCAGAUCAUUGAGGAGCACGGUCCACCGAUGAUCCAGAACGGAGCAGCCAGUGGAGCCACGGUGGCUACAGUUGCCACUGCCACCUCCACGGCAACGUCCAAGAACAGUGGCUCCAACAAUGAGGGGGACUACCAGCUGGUGCAGCAUGAGGUGCUCUGCUCCAUGACCAACACUUACGAAGUGCUGGAAUUCUUGGGGCGAGGAACCUUUGGACAGGUGGUUAAGUGCUGGAAGAGGGGCACCAACGAGAUUGUGGCGAUCAAGAUCUUAAAGAACCACCCGUCUUAUGCACGGCAGGGUCAGAUUGAGGUCAGCAUCCUGGCGCGUCUUAGCACGGAGAGUGCGGAUGACUACAACUUUGUGAGGGCCUACGAGUGCUUCCAGCACAAGAACCACACGUGCCUGGUAUUUGAGAUGCUGGAGCAGAACCUGUACGACUUCCUCAAGCAGAACAAGUUCAGCCCUCUGCCGCUCAAAUACAUCAGACCCGUGCUACAGCAGGUGGCCACAGCGCUAAUGAAACUGAAGAGCCUGGGGCUGAUCCACGCUGACCUGAAGCCAGAGAACAUCAUGCUUGUGGACCCGUCUCGACAGCCCUACAGGGUCAAAGUCAUUGACUUUGGUUCAGCCAGCCAUGUGUCCAAAGCAGUGUGCUCCACUUACCUGCAGUCCAGAUACUACAGGGCUCCGGAGAUAAUCCUGGGUCUGCCGUUCUGUGAGGCCAUAGACAUGUGGUCCCUGGGCUGUGUGAUAGCCGAGCUCUUCCUGGGAUGGCCCCUCUACCCCGGAGCCUCAGAGUACGAUCAGAUCCGGUACAUCUCACAGACGCAGGGUCUGCCUGCAGAGUAUCUGUUGAGUGCAGGGACAAAGACCACCAGGUUCUUCAACAGAGACCCAGACUCCACCUAUCCUCUCUGGAGACUUAAGACUCCAGAGGACCACGAGGGUGAAACGGGGAUCAAGUCCAAGGAGGCUCGAAAGUACAUCUUCAACUGCUUGGAUGAUAUGGCGCAGGUGAACAUGACAUCAGAUCUGGAGGGGAGUGACAUGCUGGCAGAAAAGGCUGACAGGAGGGAGUUCAUCGACUUGUUAACCAAGAUGCUGACCAUCGACGCCGACAAGAGGAUCACCCCAAUCGAAACGCUCAACCACCCCUUCGUUACUAUGUCACAUCUCCUCGAUUUCCCACACAGCACACAUGUGAAGUCGUGCUUCCAAAACAUGGAGAUCUGUAAGCGCCGUGUCAACAUGUACGACACGGUCAACCAGAGCAAGACGCCCUUUAUAACCCACGUGGCCCCUAGCACCUCCACCAACCUCACCAUGACCUUCAACAACCAGCUGAACACUGUGCACAGCCAGGCCACCAACCUGGCUCCCUCCUCCACCAACAAUGCCACCCUUUCCUUUGCAAGUCCUGAUGUCUCCAUACUAAACUACCAAUCUGCACUCUACCAGCCCUCAGCUGCCUCCAUGGCGGCCGUGGCCCAGAGGAGCAUGCCCCUUCAGCCGGGGGCACCUCAGCUCUGCGCUGCCCGGCCCGACCCCUUCCAGCAGGCGCUCAUCGUCUGCCCACCUGGCUUCCAAGGGCUGCAGGCGUCCCCUUCCAAGCACACCAGUUACUCUGUGCGGAUGGAGAAUGCUGUUCCCAUAGUGACGCAGGCCCCUGGUGCCCAGCCUCUGCAGAUCCAACCUGGCCUGCUUACACAGCAGGCCUGGCCCAGCGGCACCCAGCAGAUCCUGCUGCCUCCAGCCUGGCAGCAGCUCACCCACACCUCAGUCCAGCAUGCCACUGUCAUCCCCGACUCCAUGAGCAGCACACAGCCUCUCGCCAACUGGAGGAAUUCCCACCCUCAUGGCAGCCAUUAUAAUCCCAUCAUGCAGCAGCCAGCCUUGUUGGCUGGCCACGUCACACUCCCAUCAAACCAGACACUCAAUGUGGGAGUGGCACAUGUUAUGAGGCAGCACUCAACCAAUAACAGCUCCUCUUCCAAAAAGAACAAACAGCACCAGAUGUCUGCCAGGAACAUGUCAGCCUACGAGGUGUCAUCCUCCCAGGCGGUGCUGUCCCCGCAGCGCUCCAAGAGGGUGAAGGAGAACACGCCCCCACGUUGCGCUGUGCUACAGAACACCUCGGCCUCCAACUGUCCACCCCCGCAGCUGUGUGGCGGCAGCAGUUGGGGGGCUAGCGAAGCAGAGCAGGCUUCCAGCACCACCCGCGACCAUCAGCACCAGCACCACGUCCCCAGACAGACCAUCAUCAUCCCUGACACGCCCAGCCCUGCAGUCAGCAUCAUCACCAUCAGCAGCGACACAGAUGAGGAAGAUGACCACAAACAAAACAACAGCUCAUCUUCAAAACAGAGGAAGAAUGUCAUCAGUUGUGUGACAGUCCAUGAUUCACCCGACUCCGACUGUUCCAGCAACAACAGCCCCUACACUGUGGAGUCCAGACCCCCCAACAACAACAGCUACGACACAAAGACCACCAUACUGGACAACUACAACAACGGGAACCCCCGCACCAUCAUCAUCCCCCCUCUCAAAACCCAGAACAGUGAGGUCCCGAAUGAGUGUGAGCGCCUGAUGCCAGAUGCAAUGAACCAUCAGAAUUCAGCUUACAAGUUCAAAUCGUCCAAUGGAGUAGUGUCUGGCAAUAAUCACGUACCAGGGGGCGUGACUGGAGGUGGAUCCUACCGACAGCAGCGCUCAGGGCCACACCCCCUCCAGCAGCAGCCUCUCAAUCUCAGCCAGGCCCAGCAGCACAUGGUAGCCGAGCGAAACGGAGGUCAUCGACGCCAGCAGGCCUACAUCACCCCCACCAUCGCCACUCAGGCCCCGUACUCCUUCCAUCACAACAGCCCAUCUCACACGGGCAACGUCCACCCGCACUUGGCCGCCACACACCUGCCUAGCCAGCCCCACCUCUACACCUACACAGCCCCCACUGCUCUGGGCUCCACCGGCACUGUGGCCCACCUGGUGGCGUCACAAGGCUCGGCGCGCCAUGCGGUCCAGCACGGAAGCUACCCACCCAGCAUCGUCCACCAGGUCCCAGUCAGCAUGGGCCACCGUGUGUUGCCAUCGCCCACCCUGCACCACAGUCAGUACCAGGCCCAGUUUGCCCACCAGGCCUACAUCAGCGCUUCACCCGCCUCCACUGUCUACACUGGAUACCCGCUGAGCCCCACCAAGGUCAACCAAUACCCUUACCUCUAGAGAAGACACUGACUGACACUGGAGAGCCUGACCCAGCACUGCUGCUUCCCCAUGAACCCACCCGCCCCGAGUCGACAUCCUAAACAUCCUCUCCUCAACCUCAGACAUAAACAGAGACAGAGGAACAUGCAAUCCUCAUGAAACUGUCACGUAUAACUUGAAGAAAUAACGACAGAGAGAAAAAGAAAAAAAGAUUCACAGCCUCUCUUGAAGGGAAAGAUGGGGGUUGAAUUUCAGAGGGGUACAGUUCAAAAUUUCUUUCAGUUUUGUUUUUUUUUUUCUUCCUGAAAGAGCCAGUUUUUGCUUUUAUUUGUCUAUUCUUCGCUUUACUUUAUGAGGGAAGUAAUGUCUCAUUAUUUUUACAGUGAGGUUUGAAAGAGGCCUUUUGGGACAGUUGAGGUUUUCUGAUUUGUUUUCUUUUAUUUUCCCCUCUAAAAUUUGGGAAGCGACUGCUGAACAGGGGUUACUGACUGGAAGUGUGGAAUCCCAAGAGAUUUGGGAGAAGGUGAAAUACGGAAACCUGCUGCUCUUCAAAGAAAAAAAUAUUGAUGGCCUUGAACUGUCUUAAUAUUUCCAAAUCAUUCAUGGCGUGGGGAGAAAAGAGAGGCAACUUCCCCCACUCCACCUUCUCCAGUCGAGGAGGCUUCUGGAAAUAUAACCAACAGAAGACAACAAACUUUUUAGUGUAUUUAUAGAUAUUUUUCCUUUUUGUUUCACCUUUAUGACAAUACUUCAGUUUUAGGUAGGUGUCUUAGCUGGACCCCAUUCUUAGAAUGUAGCAGUCUGCACCUGUUUGUUUUAAGAUUUUUUUUUCCUGAUACCAAUAGAUUUAUUUGUUCCGAUUUUUUUCAAUGUGAUUGCACAAAGUGGUUAUAAUAACAUAGGCAUGUACAACGUGAUUGUCUGUGUGUGCUACUGUCAGCCAUGCGUGUGUAGUCCACCUCCUCAAAACCCUCUUCAGUCUUUAGGUUUUGACCAUUGUUCCCUCGUAGUGCCUUACAGAUAUAAUGACACAGUUUACUUGGCUUGGAUCCUGAAAGCCACAAGAGACUAUAGCUAUACUUAGAGAGACAUGUUUCCCUGGUUUGACAUCCUAGUCGGGGCAGUUCUAGCUCUCUUCCAGGUGUAGGCUCAGCCCUUGCUGUUUCUUGUCCUGAAUGACAGCUUACAAUAGAUGACGAAGAUUAAUGUCCGAGUUGGUAUCACGCUGAGCUAUUUUAUGAUGUGUGCAUGAGAUAACUUGCCUGGGGUACUUACCAAAGUCAUAGAUAAAUUCUUGUUACACUUGUUCUGGAUAUUAAUGUAAAUAUGAAAAUGUACAGUAUAGCUGUAGCUGUAAACCUCUAUCACAGUGGCACCCAAAUGUGGCUUUAGUUUGGAAUAUAUUUGUCUUUUUGUUUUAAUCACACAAGGGAAUUCAUGCAUCGUGAUUACAGAGCAGAGAUAUUAGCUCAGUUUUCAUGUACAGGGAAUGAGUUACAGUACAAUGUUUGCGACACAGUAGAGGUCGUCUUUUUAAGUAAGGUUAAAAGCUAGUCCGAGAAGAAGGGCCUGACAGAAAGUGAUUGUUGCCACGAGGGUGAUUCUGUGAGGCUAGAGAUAGCCUUGCUGCAGCAAAGAGACAGAGUAUCGAGGGUUGUUUGAGAGAGAUACUGUGUAGGCACGAGUGAGGGGGCUGGUUGAAAGAAUAGGGUCAAUUUAGGUAGGGACUGUGGAGGGCAGGGUGAAACUCUCUAUCUUAAAUGGGACUAAAAUGGUAGCAAGUUGGCACUGAGCAGGUUGAUAGUAACACUGAGCCCGGCUGGUUGGUAGGAGCCGCAGGGGCACUACCUUACCUGAAUGCACACUUAGAAUUCUGACAUGAAUCCUUUUGUUGUUGUCUCUUUUUUUUUUUUUGUGCUGUUGCUGUUUCUUUCUCCUGCAAAGAUAAUUGGAAGUUAUUUGUUGCGUUUGAGGUUUGGGUAGCAUCGCAGAGCUGCAAGAACAGAACAGAAGGGAAAUGCCACAGCAUACACCUGGAAGGGCACCGUGUGGACGAUUUGUUGCCACUGUCCAUUUGUCUUCGAAACAGAUACACCACAGACAUCGCCACGCCAGCCAGAUGGGAUACCUGAACACUUAGAGAACCAAUAGGGCUGUCGCUUUGUGUGUUUGCUGCUUGAUUUAACAGACUUCAUUUACUCUUGUAGCCAAUGAUACAAAUAAUCUCCUCUGUUCAUUUGUCCUCUUGAACGUGGGCACAUCAGAACUGCUGGUGGUUUUAGUGAAAGCCUUCCCCUCUCCUUCAUGGUAUGCCAUAGUACUUGCAUUUGAAGUGAUUUUUUUUUUUUUUUAACUUAACAUUAUCUUGAACUUUUUGACAUGGCUGUAGUACAUAUUGUGUUUAUUUUUAGAGAUUGUUGCAAUAAUUCUUGUGGAUGUUUUAUGAGAGUGUGUGUGUGAUUUUAUUAUAUGUCAGGCUCAUUUCUAUUUUGUAACCUGGGGGUUGAUGUACAGUGAUAUUUAGUAUUCCGUGGAGGUGGGUGCACCUGUGUAAAGUAUUGCAACACUGCUGAGGAUAGUAAGUGUUGAGUUGAUGAUAAUCCAAUGGGGCUCUUAUUGAUACUUGGCUUGAGGGUGCCACACCCCAGAGUGGUCUUUCAUCCUGGUACUUGUCUCCCCAAAAACUCUCCACUCCCCGUCAGCUCCAGCAUGCAAGCCUUGGGUCCGGGCACUUAAAGAUGUGAUUACAUAGUAUGUUGCUGGUUACAUCAUUCUUCUCUGUUCUGUUAUUGUCUUUUGAUUUUAUUUGAUCUACUUAAUUUCCUCUAGGUCACUGUGGCCUAAGCACACAGGCAUAAGGGAGAUGAUUUUCCAUUGAAAUCUUUUGGCUCCUCUGUUAUGAGACAGACUACUGAAACAUUCCACUGUUUGAGGGAAUUUGGCGUUACCCAUGCUACACUGCUGUCCUGUCCCCGCACUUGUCAGCACGGGGAUCAUGUUGUCACGCUCUGACUUUUUCGCUCCUCCCACCAAAGAAUUAAAAAAAUUGACCAUGUACAGCACAGCACAGUACAGUAACAGUACAAGCAAUCCUCUACAACGUUGCUAGAGCAGAUAGGCAAUAACUUCUGAUAAUGUUGUUUUACCACCAAGCAAGUGCAUGUGUGCAUAAGAUGUACAAGUACACAGGGAGGAUUUAACGUACUUAAUGCAUACAGCACAGUCUUUAAUUUGUUUAGAAUCUAGACAUUCAACUAUGAGAAGCGCUGCAGUCUGUUUUUUUUUUUUUUAAGCUUUCUCUGUUUUACUUUCAUUACUCCUCACAUUUGGCCCCUGUCUAGACUGAAUGAUGAAAUGAUGAAUAAUUAUCUAACCUCUCUCCAAACUGUUUUAUAAGCCAGUUAUUUUUACAUUGUUCAUGUUGUAGCUUUAUUGGUGUUGUAAGAAAAUGAAUUUGUAAAGAAAAAGAAAAAAAGAAAAAAGGUUGUUUUACAUUAGCGUGCCAUGGCAUAGAAUGACCUGUAAAAAUGAAUUAAUCAAAAAAAAAGAAGUACCAACUAUACCUUUAAAACCGUGGUCACCUGCGCAAAAUGAAUGUAAUAUGUGACCUGCGACAUCUGAAAUGGCUUUAGAUCUUUCUCAGUGGGUGACCAUUAAUUUAAUUUCUUCACUGUUAGUGGCCACGCAUGAUGCAAUAAUUAUACAUCUGAUCUCCAGCAAAAUCCCAUACAAGACAAAUAAUGUAAAAUUACCACUGUCCUCAUGAUUAUGGGGUUAUAGAAUAAUCACUAUUUUCUCAAAUGAAACACCCAAUUAAGAGAAGCCCUGUAUGUGCAACAUGAUGGAAAAUAACUUGACGUGUAUGAUACCUUUGUCUAUCACACUAUUUCACAUAACCAAUGUUUUGUGUUUUAUAAAAAAAAAAGGGGGGGAAUCAGAAAUGUGAGCAUUAACGUAGAUCGAGUGACCUUACAAUUACCAAAACGUGCUUAAGUAGAGUGUAAAAAUGUUUUGUGUUGUCGAGGUGAGCGUAGCCUUCCCAGCUAGCGACUUUAUUGUGAGAGUACUGCCUUCCAAAUAACCAACAAUACCUCUAAAGCUUUAAGGUGACAUUUAAAUCAGAGAAAACUGAACAAGGCAGCAUCUCACUCUCUAUGAAGCCUGGCAUUCUCUUAUUAAAUACACUCAAACCUUCCAACUUUGCUCAUGGUGUUAUUGUGAAAUACUCUUCCUGGAGCUUUGGAAACAACAAGAAACAUUCCUAAGAGCAUGGCACACAGUGCUAUACAUUAGUCUUCUUCGGACAAACUCCGCUAAGGUGACUUGAAGCUAAGCAAGAAGCGAGCGGACAACCCGCACCGUAAGCCCACACAUUCUUACAGUAAAAGUCAUUUGGCAAAGUCGCAGCUGCUUCCCAAAGUACGAAAGGGUUAGGAGCAGGUGUUAGGUGGAUUAAUCAUGUGCUGAUGUACUUUCUGUCACCAGGAAAUUCAUAAUCUAGCUACACAAACAUUCUUAAAGCCCUUUUGGAUGAGAGUGUAUGUUUUAGUUUCUUCUUUUUAUUUAACCUUUGUUGAGGAGAUCUGCUCCUUUUGCUGGCUAUUCCUUGGGGGAAUUCAGGGUGAGGUGGUCAAGGUUUGAUGCCAUCGCUGAUAAAGGGUGUCAGGUGACUCCAAUGUAUGAAUUUAAGAACCAAAACUGAUUCAAAUCUUAUUGUUUUCCUAUCACAUUCAUUUAUUCUAAUUUGUGUACAACCAGACAAGGAUAUUCAUUCCUCUACCACCUUAAAUCCCCAAUAUUCUAUGGCGUUAAGAUCUUUUGGUCCUAAUUUACAUGAAUGAAAUUAAAAAUGUUGCUUUUCCAACUCAUUUCAGAGAGAUCUCUAGCCAAAGCCAGUUAUUUUUGUAGUGUUAAAUUGAAUAAGCGAAAUCUGGAAGUGGUAGACCAAAGCUACGAUCAAAUACAGAUUUGCAUGUUUACACUACAAAAAUAUCCAUCUUGACCUAGAGUCCCAAUACCCAUUUGGCACAUCCUCAAAAUAAUAACAGUAAAUUAGUGUAGCUGAAGUGCUUGGAUAGAUACUUGCACAACAAAAAUUUUGCAAGCGAUAUACCAGUUUAUUUACAUUUUCUAAAGACCUAAGAGUGCAUCAAACCCUGACCCCCUUUUGUGUCCAUUGCUGUAUGGUUUCUCAAUGGUGUAAAAUCUCAUUCUUUGUCGAUAAAGCUAAUGUGUGCUGCGGUAUUGCCUAAUAUACUUCUCUGUUAACUGUCUUUUCUUAUUUACUUUUGUUUAUUGGGGUGUGAUGUCUCAUUAUUUCAAUCUGUUGAUGUAGCGUUCUAUGUAUACCCUGUUCCUUAGCCUAAUAUUAUUAAGUAUGUUAUGAGAAUGGAUAUUUUACUGGCUUUAUAGAAUGUUUAAAUAAAUAUAAUAAUGACAAUAAGAAGAAGGAUUAAUUAAACCUCCUAACAAGUUGAGUACUUGCUACUAAGCGCUUGUGUUACCAUUAUGAUGUUGUGUGCUUCUCUUAAUCAUUUUCGUUGUAGAAAAAUGGAGUGAAUUUAUAUUAGGCUUCGAAAAAACUAAUGAUAGCAUUGUAAAUUUUACAGGAGGAAUUUUAACAGACAAACAGCUUCGUCAGAUAGAAGAAUAUAGUUAUUUUAAUUGUCCUCUUUACUAACUGUAGGGUGAGAAGGGGCUCGCGUUGUGGUGAACUAUGUUAUAGCUUGUUAUUCACUGUUACUUUUGAUCAUUUUUUCGGUCUCCGAGGUGAAUCGAGUUAUUAAUGAGAAUUUGUAUGCUCACAUAUGCAUAUUGUAUAUGUGUAGAAAUGUAAUCACACUUUGUCUUGGAUUUACAUUAAACUGUUAAGUCACGG